AUGGGAAAUUGUUAAACUCAUUGUUAUCAAAAGAGUGCUAGUUAAGUGAAUAGCGUUGAUUGCACUAAAUUAAUCAUUCAUGUGAAAACGUGGCAAAAAGAGGCCUUCUCAUUGUUCGAUUAUGAGAAUGCUGCCAAUGUGUAAGAACAAACCUUUUAGAUUAAUUCAGAUGGUUAUUUGGUGGGUCGAAACUAAGUGGAAUGGACUGAAAAUGAAUCUAUCAUCAAGGAUUAACUUUGCAAGAUAAAGAAAAAAAAUGAAAAUUACUACUUAGUAAAUUCCUUCGUAAUGAAUGAGGAUUAGAAAUCAGUAAUUUAAGAAAACGAAGAAUGUCAUACUAUUGGAAAUAAAACUGUGUCUGGCAAAAUAGGUAACAAAAUUUGGAAGGUGAUUCAUGAAAAUGGAAUUCCCCUAAAGGAAGGGGAUGUAAUCAAAUUAGGAAGAGUCAAAUUCACUAUCCGAUCUAUUGUUUUGGAUGUUCAACAUGUUCAAUCCAUUUUGGAGUUCGAAUCACAAUAAUCAAGUGUCUCUGAUUAAUAGAUGUGUAGGAUCUGUUGUUCCUCUUAGUAAACUGCUAAGAAUCCUCUUUUGAAUCCUUGUAAAUGUAGUGGGUCUAUCAAGUACAUUCAUUUGGAAUGUUUAAAGACUUGGUUGAGAAUGAAAUUAGAAAAUCGACAAAGCGAAAAUUGUACUGUUUAUUUGUGGAAGAACUUGGAAUGUGAGUUGUGCAAAUUCAAUUUUCCACCUAAGUUCAAAAGUGAUGAUGCCUACUAUGAUUUGAUUGAAUUGAGUAAGCCAAAUGAUUACCCUUAUUUAAUGAUGGAAUUCACCAAUAAAUAAGGCUAAUAAAUUGAAUGGAAUAACAGUUCGGGUGUCUAUAUUGUUAAAUUCUCGAACUCCAGAGACCUUCGACUUGGAAGGUCCAAUGAUACUGAUGUUAGGGUUAAUGAUAUAUCAGUAAGCAGGAAUCACGCUCGACUUUUUGUUUCUGAUAAUUAAGUUUAUCUUUUCGAUAAUCAUUCUAAAUUUGGCACACUAUAAUAAAUAAGAGAAGAAAAAUUAUAAAUUUAAAGAGGCCUGGAAGUUUAAAUUGGAAGAAGCCUAAUUUCCUUUUAAUGA